AUGCCGAUGGCCGCGCCGCAGACUCGCCGCCACCAGGCCGCCUUCCUCCGCAGCAAGCCCCCCGCCCCCGCCCCCGCCCCUCCCAACGGGAAGGCCGGCGCGACCAAUGGGAAACCCGCCGCCGCCUCCUCCAAGCCCAACUCGCCCGCCUCGCCCGCCCAGGCACCACCAACGUCGUCGCUGGAGGAUAGGACGGUGAAGCAGCUCAGGCUGGCCAAGGCCCUGACUCUCCCGGAGGCCACCGCGGUGUCCGAGGCGUGCAGGAGGAUGGCCGCCAGGCGCGCCGACGCCGCGCUGCUCACCGACGCCAGAGGGGUGCUCUCAGGCAUCGUCACGGCCGAGGUCAGAAACUCAUCACAAGGAGUCUUGAGUCUUUGCAACGUGAAAACAGGGAAUAUCAACUUUAAACUGCAGGGGAAUGAUAAUGCGAUUCUUGGGGCUGGCGCUGGAUGA